AUGGAUAUCAUCAUAACGAUCUUGUCGUUGUCGACGGAAUCGCUGGACGUUCAUCAUUUUUCUUCCAGAGUUAUUGAUCCGGUUGACGCGCGAGUUGAUGGUGGUCUGCCAAGCGAGCUUGUCAGUGAAUGUAGAAUGUCUGCUCAUAGAAAAGAGUCUCAGAUCUGUGUCUACCUCUUUGAAAAUGAGAACAAAUGGGGAUGGUAUCCUUCCCGAGAUGUUCGUUAUCUGAACACGAAUGGCGAUAACAUGUCCUCAUUGUCAUCUUUCAAAUUGGCUAUGAAGUGGUAAGA